AUGGGACUUGACUUUGGCUCGCUGCACAACAAGCCAAACAAGGUGGCAGACAGCUUCGCGAAGACCCUCGAACCGACUAGGGAGAAGAUGGCGUUCCUGGUGAUGAACUUUGCACUGCCGCAGUGGAUGGCGAGGCGUGGCGGGGCAUCGACAAAUUUUGCGCAGAUUACAUUCCUGCAUGGGCAGAGAUCAUGUAUUGGGAAGGACUUUGCGCGUGCGGAGUUGCGAUGUGCGAUUGCUGGUGUUGUUGGACGGUUUUUGUUUGAGAUGCAAGACCCGAAGCAGGUGAUUCAUGUUGCCGGGGCUGUUACCAUUAAGCCGGUCGAGGGGACGCAUUUGAGGAUCCGGAGGGUUGAUGGGUGGUAG